GAACAUUUGUUGUGAUCAUGUUCAUGGUGAGGUUAUGCGAGAAUGAUAAAAAUAAUUGAUAAUGAGAUGAAUGAGAAUGAAAUCCUGAUUUGAUUUUCCAUUUUCCUGAUUCCUGAUCCUGAAUUCAGAAUUUUGUAAGUAAAAAAUAAACCAUCUUAUACUUUCUAGUUUAACGAUUCAGAUGACACUUGGGUGUUUUCGGAAUGAAUAUAGCCCAAAAGAAUAUUGUUUAUGAUCUUGUUUAUCCCACUCCGCCAGCUCUGAAACAACUCGCAUCUAUUGCCGUAGCGGUGAACUUAUGGCGUGAAAAAAUCAGUAAGCAUCGUUUGAAUAAUUCUACGGAUGAAAUAGAUUUCAGCGAGAAAAUUCCUUUGGACAGUGUGGCUCCUCAUCUACCAUCAGUACUUCUUCUCUUGGUGGAAAAAUACGCUAAGAAUAUUCAACAUUCGUUUCGCGGUUGGCUCAUAGACAUCUUGGACGUAUUUGAUGAGUUUAUUUGCGAUUUUGACGGCACCAUUCAUCACAGCAGAACAGCCAAACGAGCACUUUGUUGUAACGAAGUCAGCAAAGAUGUUAAAUUCAAGAUCGCUUGUCAGUACUGUUUUGAGAAUGAUAUUUUAAAAAUUUGGCCAUCUGUGAUGGAUACUGUCAAUUUGCCUGACCUUAACCUUAACUAUCGGUAUCGCAAACCUCCUCUGCUGUUGUAUUACUGGAUCUGCCGCCUGAGAAAUCAGUUGUAUAAGAUACCUCCACUAGAUCAAGAUUAUGCGACUAUCGAUGACAGACUAAUUCGAGUUCUUAAGGCGAAUAACUGGUCAGCUGUGGAAUAUUUCUGGAAUCGCUCGUCAAAUAAUGCUGCAACACGAAUGGAAAACACGAUUUACUUACUUGAAAAUCAGCCUCAUGUAUUCUGUAGAUAUGUACUCACAAAACUGAGUGAUGAAGAAAUUGAUAGAUUCGUAGCAGGCAGAAGUGAUGAUUGGAUGAAAACUUUACUGUGCGGUAAUUCUGAUUGGGAAUGUGGAGCGAUUGAAGGAAGACCUUGCUUCUUAGCAGCGUGGAAAUUUAUUAAUAAUAAAGUGAGCGAAAGCAACUUCAUGUGCAUGGUUCGAGGAAUUUUGAGAGGACAUGCUUGUCAUUCAUUGCCCUUACACAAUGAUCAGUCCUUUUCAUGCGAGUUAUGGAAUAGUACUCCAAAUCAUUUGAAAAAAUCUGUAAUACCGCAUGUUUUGUUUGAAGAGACUUUAUUUGAAAGGCAAUCGCUGUAUUAUAUGGGUGAUCGAAGAAAUUCUUUUUUAUUAGCGAUUCUAACAGACUGUUCGUUUGAAAUUAGAAACACUUUUUGGCUGAAAAAUUGGCGCAUUCUGUUACGAGCAACGAACACCAAAGAUCUACAACAAUUCACCAAGUUAUGCUUGAAGAAUGAUGCUGCAAUUACCCAGUUCAAAAGAAAUGAGCUUUCUAGUUAUGAAAAUAUUAAAGAGGAAUGCUCGAGAUAUCUACUAACGUGGCGUUUUUCAGAGUUGAACGAAUUUCUGUGUUUCUGCUGCGUGGAGAAAAAAACCAUUAAAGAUGUACAGCUGAAAACAUUAAAAAACCAAUUGGAUAUUUUCUCAGACUCAGACUCGAAGGAUAUUCGUCGUUUGGAUUCGUAUAAAAUUAUUGAGAGUAUACCUUCAUUUAUCAAAUUCAUCGAUGAUACUUUCGAUGACCACAAACUUGCUGCCGAGUAUAAAAAUCAGUUCCUAUUUACCCCUGGAACCAUCAAAAUUCUGGUCCGAUACCUAAGUGAAGAAUGGUGUGACAGUGUGACGAAGUUUGAAAAUGUGAUGAAAUUUGUCGAUAUGCUUGUGAUAUCCGAACAAGCCGCAGUCGAUUUUAAAGCCGGUCACUUUGUGCCUGCGUUUCAAAAUCUUUCAACGGUCGGUUUUCUUUGCGAAGCAUUUUUUCAUUUUAUACGAUGGUGUUUGGGAAGUGAUGAUAAAAUUAUGCAAUUUAAACAAAAAUUGCGCCUGGAUGACUUCGUUCAAAACAUUAUUCGUGAACAAGAGAAUUCUUUUGGCGAUAAUGGAAUGGAAUCUCUUGAAAAAAAAUUGUAUUGUGAUCUGGAUAAAUUUCUAAAGUGGUAUUUUCCAACUUCAGAAGAAGUAGCAGCUUUCAAAAAGAAGUUUAAUGGGUUUGAAUUGUACGCAUCGGAGAUACCAGAGUGAAGUAACAUUGAUAUUUUGGUGCACCUAUUUAUAAUAAGUUAUGCUGUGUGUAUUUUCCAUUUAAAAGGAUUUGGUCGUUUCAAUUUAUUUGUAAUAUAAACCAAAAAUUUUGUAUCAUCAUUCAACUAAGUAAGUUUCUAUAUGUAGAGUGGUAUUUUCCAACUGCAGAAGAAGUAGCUGCGUUCAAAAAGGAAAUUGAACGUACGCAUACCUCUCAAACCUAUUUUAGUAAUUACAGAGUGUCUACUAAAAUCAAAAAGGCGAAUUUCUCGCCUUUUUCUUGCUUUUUUCUUGCUUCCAAAAAUGAAUUUUCUUACCCCCUUCAAAUUUACGCAUCUAGAUAAUCUUCGCUAACCCCUCUAACCCCCCCCCUCCCAAACAAAAUUUCUCAAAAAUUUAUUCUUCAAAGCAGAGAAGUGAAUUAAUUUCUCAAAUGAAAAAAUAGUAAUAAAAAAACGUGAUAAAAACAGACGUUGAGGCAUGUCUACUGAAGUGAAUUCAAUUCUAUGAUGAAAACAGUAACAAAAUAAAAAGUUAACUCGAAUGCGGAUCGAAGUCAGGUUAUUUGGGGGAGGGGGUGUAUGCUGUAUGAUGUCAUUUUUCCAACAAAAAAUUGUUAUUUUUCCGACAAAAAUCAAAAUUUUAACGUGCUAAAUACCAGUGACAUAUACAACAAUUACAGGAUCAAACCGUAAAAGAGCUUAUAUUCUUAUUUGUGAUUGAGGGGAGAGCAAAAUCAGAAAUUUAGACACGAAAAAUGGACAUUUUAGGUAGUUUUCAGAAAACUCUUCACAAUGAAUAAUCAUUGUAUUGAAAUGAGGGUAAAAUUACAGCUCGAGCGAAGCGAGAGCGAAAAUUUGUUGAAAAAAUUGGUGUAAAAAACGAAAAAACGACCAUUUUGUAUGCUUUAUUUUACAUUUUCAGCGAAGCUCAAUAAUAUCAACAAUUUUGAAAAGUUAGUCGUUCUGUUCAGAAAAUGAAAAAUUUGCACUUUUCAAAUGGUUUGGGUAUUACCUGGAAAUGAAAAAUUUCCUAUUUAAUUUUUGAAUUCUUGAAAAUUUUGAAAAUAGCAUCUUGAAUGGCCCGAGCGAAGCGAGGGCAAAAUUUUUGGAAAAUUUUUAAUUCGAAAAGUAGAACAUCAUCAAUUUUAACAAAAUAAAAACUUAAAAUUUUGGUGGGUAGCUUCAAUUUUUCAGAGAUUUUUGAUGUGAAUUCUUGGAAAUUUUCUUGCUUUUCGAAGGAAUUUCUACACUAUUUUCUAACUUUCUUGCCACCCAUGUGAAUUUCUCGCCUUUUUCUAACUUUCUUGCCUUUUUCUUGCCAGUAGACACCCUGUAAUUAUAAAAAAUCAGAUUUCUUUCUGAAAAUAAAAACACAAACUUUGUGAUUUAUGUGGUCCAAGUGUUGAUUUGUUGAAUGAAAAAGUUACCAUUUUUUGUUAAGAAACAACAAUUUAUUGUUAAAUAAUUACCGAAGUAUUAAUAAAAUGUUUCAAAAAACUGGAA